AUGCAUGUAAAGGCCAGAAAAAGGAAGAGAAAGUUGAGUAAGGAGAAGAACAGAAUGUCCAACGAAGACUUGAGCACCGCUAAAGGAGAAGUAUCACUUGUCGGACAAAAGUUUAAGGCUAAUGAAAGUAAGUUUCAAUUUCUGCAAAGAAUUCUUAUUAUUAGCUAGUGUUUUUGGCUUAAUUUUUGUCUGAUGGGUAAGUUGAGUUGAAAAAAGGAAAAUAUAACUCGGUUUUAUACUAAGUUCAGCAUUGUGGUUACUUUUUGAGUUAGGAAAAGCGAGUGUUACUUUUAAAAGGUAUUUUCAGAGCCUCAACACGUACCGCUAGCCUACACCAAGUCGGAAGACACUCAUGUGUCCAGAUGGAGACGACGAGAUGAAUUGCCAUGAAUGCAAGAAUGGAGCCAAGUUUUGUGCACCACUGUCGAUUUGUAUACCUAAAUGGAAGGUAUGCAAUGGAGUCUCCGAGUGCCCGGAUGGCAGUGACGAAAGAGUAAGUGCUUUUGAGUUUAAAAAGAUCAUUUUACGAAAAGUUUUGCUUUUAAAGCUUUUAUUUGGGUAUUAUGAAUGUUUGUUAUAGGACUGUGACUGCCGAAGUUGCUCUGGCUCCGACAAGGCCUUGUGCAAUGGAGACUCAAAGAUGUGCAUAAAGAAAUCUGAGGUUUGCGAUAACGUCCAACAUUGUCCAGGUGGCGAAGAUGAGUUCAACUGUCCCGGAUCAUGUUCAGCAAUUCGAACUUUUAGUGAUUUUGCGACUCGUCGACGACGGAGCAUGGCAUUGGCUAGUAAAGGUAAAAUAAUAUUGCAAUUAUUUUUUUUGAAAUCGCAAAGUUUUUUAAACAGUUUUAAAACUUUUUAACUUUUUUUAUUUGUUACCUAAUUUCAUAUUACGUUAUCAAAAAUCAUACAAAAUUAACUAAAAAUUUUAUUUACCAUCUCCUUCAGCUAGAAUUACCCGAGACAGUGAUGGAAACACGGUCGAGUUCUCAGGCUCUGGAAAAUCUUCCGGCGAAGAGCCUAUUGAAGAUCCACCAAGUGACAAUCUACCGAAGUUCAGAACUAUGGACGAACUUGAAUUACGUCAAGAGGAAAUUGUCUCAAGCGACUUUGAUGAGCUUGCCUUGGACACUAUUGUAUGCCGUGAUGGAAAAACGUACGAUUGGAAAUACGCUUGCUCUGGCCAUUACCCGCAAUGUGAUGGAAAAUGCAAACAGUGCAACGAAGAACUGGCAUUUCAAUGCAAAAGUGGAGAUCGGUGCAUUCACCGGGGAUAUGUGAGUUUUUUUAUAAAUAUCGAAGAAAUUUUUAUGGUUUACAAAGCGGCAUAGAGUUUUUAUUACAAAUUAGAAUAGAAUGAACAUGUUAACAGGUAAAACAUGACAAUAAUUUUCUUUAAAGUACAAAAAAAUUAUACAAUUUUUUAUAAUUUGGGACUAAAGACGUAUUAACAGGUAUGUGACGGCACAAAACAAUGCGAAGACGGGUCGGAUGAACAGGAUUGCAAACAGGACUGCACGACGGACAUGGAAAAGUGCACGAUGCUUUCAUUAAGCGGCAACCGCAAAUGCUACGAAACAUCACAACGUUGCGAUGGAUUCAAGGACUGCCCGGAUGGUGGAGACGAAAAGAAUUGUGACUCUUGUUCAGGCCGCUCCAUCCUCUGCAAAGCCGACAAAAAGUGUAUUCCAUCGAUUGCACGAUGCGAUGGAAUCCAACAAUGCUCCGAUGGACAGGAUGAACAAGAAUGCACCUGUGCUGAGUGCAGUAUCCACCCCUACUCAAUGUACAUGUGUGAACGGUCCCAACGAUGCUUCAGAACCCACCAAGUUUGUGCACCAUACACUCAGUGCCCCGAACCUACAAAGAUGGAUAAGCUCUACUGUGCUACGAGGAAUCAACCAUACUUUUAA